AUGCUUGCGUAUUUGUCUUGCCUAUGCUUUUGUGCUUUUACACCAUUGUUGACUUUGGCUAUGACACCUGAACAAAAAGCUCAAAUUCAUGCCCACUUUGAAUCCAUUGGCCAGACCUGCAUUAAAGACAAUGUUAUAUCAGAAGACGAUAUAGCCAGCCUCAGAACUCGUAAGGUGCCUACAGGGGCAAAUGCUCCAUGCUUCUUGGCAUGUAUGAUGAAGCAAAUUGGCGUGAUGGACAAUAGCGGCGUUCUACAAAAAGAAACAGCACUAGAAAUGGCUAAAUCCGUCUUUGAUGAACCAGAAGAGAUAAAAAAUAUUGAAGACUAUCUUCACUCCUGUUCGUAUGUUAAUCAAGAGGCUGUCAGUGACGGUGAGAAGGGUUGCGAGCGCGCUAUGUCUGCGUACAAGUGUAUGAUAACAAAUGCUCCCCAGUUCGGCCUGGAUGUCUAA